AUUGAUGUCAAGUUCCCCAUCCUAAAGUGGAAAGACAAUGACUUGAGUAGGGACGAUCGAGAUUUUUCAAGACUCGCGUUGAAGACUACUUCAAGAAUCCAGAGAUAAAUCUCAAGGUCAAGUUCAAGCCCCUCAUAUCCGACAAGGUUACAAAAGGGAUGAUCAAUACCAUCAAUGAUCUUCAUACCCCCCCAAGAUGACACUCAUAUAUCCGAUAAAUGCCACAACUAUGGCCAGUCGGGUCACCUCCAGAAGCAAUGCUGCCAGGAGCUGAAGUGUCAGAACUGCGGUGGCUCCUUUCACACGCCUAAUACAUGCCCCCAACCGAAGGUCCCGAGAUGCUUCAUUUGUAAAAGCGCCGAGCACACAAGAAACGAGUGCCCAAACUGCGAAAUUUGUCACGAAGAGGGACAUCGCAAGUCAGAGUGCGUUUCAGGUACCAAAUGCAACCACUGCCAGCAACCGGGCCAUAAAGCGAAAAAUUGCCCUAAUCGCAGCAUUACCUACAGAAACUGCGGGAAGGAGGGGCAUCUUGUGGCAAGCUGCAACCAUUGCAAUCAUUGCAACACUAAUGGCCAUACAACGAGAAGAUGCCCGGACCAGCAAACCUGCAAGAUCUGCCAGCAAUCCGGCCAUAUGAAAUCGGGCUGCCCCAGUCGGAAAUGCACUUUCUGCAGCAAUUUGGGACACUCGCAGGGGGAAUGCCCCGAGCAGAGGAUCGACGACGAGAUCACCUACAUUCCAACUAACAUGAGUUUCCAACCGUCUGCACGUGUGAAGCAGAAUUUGAAUAAGCAGGAUCCCGCUGCCGAGCCUUCAGCUCGUGCUGGAUUGAUCGCCGACAUGAACAUGACCGUCAGCGAAGCCGAUCGUCCCAAAGGAUUUGCACCGGUGUUGCCUGACAACAGCACCACUGACGUUGAGAACUCGAACGGCAAUGCGGGCGGUGGUUGGGAUGGUAAUGCGGGCAGUGGCACUCUAGAUCAAGGCAACGAGGAAAUUGGUAGUAAUAGCGAUAGUCACUGGGAGAACACUGCCAGCAAUGGUAGUCUGGAUGCAGGCGACUUGGGUCAGGAUGGCUCGUGGUGAUUUCGGCCAGCAAUGUCAAACUAGAACUGGCAUAGGAGGAAUAUCUCUGGGCGAGCCAAAGGCCAACAUGGAGCUCGCAUAUGGUAAAUGAAA